AUGGCUUCUGCUUCAGCUGCCUUUGGUGCGCCUCUCCAGGUCCAGAAAGCCCAGCAUUCUCAGCAGGACCAGCAUGCGACUGAUGGGCGUGACCAUCAGAAGCAUCAAAUUCAGCACUCCCACCAGCAAGCUACCCAGCGCUCCAUGCAGCACCCACAGCGCCGCCAAUCCUCCGGCCCUCGACUCGGUUUCAUCCCUCCCGCUGCCCAGCACCCUCUCUACAGCGCCUCUACAGGUACCUCCGCCACUGCCACCACCAACGCGGCCACUGCGCCCACUACAUCCUCCUCCACCAACAUCUCUUCAUCGUUUCACAGUCCUCAUACCAGAGUCCUGUCCUCCCCACUAACCCCCCCGCCUCAGCGUGCUCUGAAUUUUCAAACCGACAAUUCUUUGCAUCGCGCUGUCUCUUCUGCGCCUGCAUUCGGCCCUGCUGGCGGGGUAGCUGCUGGCGCGACUACUCUUCCUUCUGUUCGGCCUCUUCAGCCUUCUACCAGCUCCACGGCCAGCUCGGCAAUGUCCACCUCCCACCAGAGGUUCCUCUAUUAUGAAGCCUCACCCCAAACGGAAGCAUUCGAUAGUGACGGCAGAGGCUUUACGUCUGGCGACGACGACGACACAGAUUUCAAGAGCGAUACCCUUUAUGACUCUCUCCGCACCGUUGCCUCUAGCCGCGCCAGGGCCGUUGACACGCCGCUCGAAUCCGUCUACGACGAGUCGCCCCCCAGCACUGCUAGCAACGGCAAGUCGCGGCGCCUCUCCAUCCACGAAAUGCUCGAUAAGGCCUGGGAUGGCGACGACAGAAUCACGGAAGAAGACGAAACCUCACAGACACCGGUCCGUGCCCCGUCCGCCACUAAGGUAAAUGCGUCUGCCCAUCGCGACACACGCGGUGGCUCCUCUCCCGACGUUCUGCGGCUCGCCGAAAACUCCAUUCACAGCCCCUUUCCUGCCAAUGACCUUGCACGAAUGUCUCUGGACGAUGAUUUCGACGACGAUUGGGCCCGCUACGAAGAUGAGGAAGCCGACUCUCAUAUUAGCCCUCUCUCAGCUCCCUCCAAAAGCUCCCUGAACGCCAAGGGCAUGAACCCCAAUGUCCGGCUCGCUCUCGCCAACAUGGCCAACGGAAGCCACGACGGUGAAAACUCGCAUGGCACCGAGCGCCCCCUUAGUAACAUUUUUGACUGGAGUGAACCCUCGACCCAGGACAAGCACGAUGCCGAGCGACGUUCUGGCCGCCCGCAGACUGCCUACACAAAGCAGACAGUAGACCCUAGAGGAGGUCGUUCUGCCAACCGACGUGGACCUGCGCCUGCGCAUGUAAGGAGCCAAAGCGUGCCGGUGGUCCACGAUGCUGCCGACGAAUGCAAGUCCACCGCCGCCAAGUAUGGAACCUGGGGUCUCGGUACCAAGACUGUUAGCGAGGAUUGGGACGAGGACUUCGAAUUUGGUUCUACCACUGGCAAUGAGGACCGCGAAAACGAGUCCAUGUUUGCCGUUCCCGAAUCCAUUCGAGCCAGCCAGCCUAGCGUAAAAGCGCACUCUGGUCAAAUCAGAGAGCUCUCUCUCCUCGUUAACGACCUCAAGAGACUUUGUCGCCACGGUCGUGACAUGGGCCUCUUGGAAGGCUCACAAAAGGCGUUCUGGAAAGAAGCAGAAGGCGUCAUCGCGCUUGCAUCCCCGGACGAUGAGACUAUGGACGACGACGCGGAUUCGAACCCCUCCGUGGACCUCGACGCAUUCGACGGUAAGGCCAAGCAAGGAGACCAGCGGCCCAAGACCCCCGAAUCCGAGCAGCAGCUUCACCUCGCAUCUCCCAAGCUCGAGCCAUCCUCUGUUUCCAAGACUGCUGUCCUGCGUGAGCGCCAUUCACCACGCCGGCGUUCCGUCUUUUCUCCUGACGAUGACAUUUUUGGCGGAGCCGACAGCUCAGCGGAUAAGAAGGCUAGCCCGCUACCAAAGAAGACAAGCCAAAAGCCGUCGCAGACGCCGGAACGCCUUGCCGACGUUAAUGGCGUCGUGCGAACCGUCAUGGAGGCUAUGCAGCAUCGUAGCGACUCGGACACUAUACCCGACAGUGGCAAACCUAGCAGAAAGGUCCAGUUUGAUACAAACAGCUUGAGGGCGCUGGUUAAAAGAUCUGGCGAGCUCCGUGACACCCUUUCGGAUAUCAUCCGCAGGACAGAUCAGCUCACCCAGAGCCCAGCGCGUCCUCUCCGACACGACCGAGACCGCGGCCCCGAUUCGAGCCCGGCGUUUACUCGCGUCUUUGACGACCCUGGCUCCAGUCCUCCCCGCCGUGUUACGAGAAGCCGCGGCAACACCACCCUGAAACAAACCACAUCACCAGACAGCUCGCCACCCCCGCAAAUAGAACGACGAUUUCCGUUGAUGACGGUACGAUAA